AAGGAGUGACAGGGAGGGAUGGGUGGAGCUUCCGUUCGUGCGAUCAGCUUAAAUGUCUCCAUCGGUCGUAUGUGAAGUCUGAGAACUAACAUCUGAGAACGCGUGUUGUGUUAGUGCUCCAAACCCAGAGAUGGCAAACGGAGACAGAGUAGUUCUGGCGCUUGGCGGAACAGGCACAGUCGGGUCUGGCUUGGUCAAAGCACUGCUGGACAGAGGUUUUAAGGUUGCAGUGAUCUCCAGAGACAGUAAAAAACUGGAGAAGUUGGAAAGGUUUGUGUCACCCCCCACCAAAGGCAACCUGACCACUCUGGUUGGGGACGUUGGCUCCGAGGAAGAGGCUGAGAAGGUCAGGCGGGACCUGCUGCAGGCCGUGGGCAAGGUGACGGACGUGGUGUCGUCUCUGGGCUUCAGCUGGUGGCAGGGAGGUGCCCCACACACCCAGUCUCUCAAAGAGCUGCACUGGGUUAUCGAGACGUUGCUCUUCAGUACGUUUGUCUCAUGGAAAACGUUUUUCCCCCUGGUGAGAGACGACCCUGAUUGCACCUAUACCUUCAUUACAGGGGGCGCUGGGGAGAAGCUGCUGAUGCCAGGUACGGGGUUCUUGACCGUGGGAGCGGGCAGUGCUCUGGCCUUCUGCCAGGUUUUGCUUGAUGAGUACCCGGAGGUGCCCUGCAAACUCAACCAGUUGAAGAUCAACAUGGGUGUUGCAACUCCGGACCGUAUGGCGCCUGGUUUCCUAAAUCACGUGGAUUUGGGUGAAGCCGUAGCCACGCUGGUUGAAAGGAAGAAAAUGACUCACACCGUCUUCGCAAUAAACUCUUCUGCUGAUCUAAAGACGGUCAUCCUGGAGGGUACUCUGUAGACUGCCUUUAGUCCCUGGGUACUAUAUAACAAGAUCAUAUUCUGCAUUAUCUUAUUAUCCAUUUGUAUGGGUUGUUUUCUUUGCAUGUCAACAGUUUGGACUUGUCAGGGGUGCGUGAAGCUUGCUACAUUCUCCUUACCGGUCGCCAUGGCAUUUCCACUGCGUCCAGAUUAGAUUCACCCUAAUAUACAUAGCAUAACUGCACAGCUGCUUCCAAUGUGUCUGGAGCUUCUUGGUCUGAGAUUAAGAUUAAGACUGAGGGAUUAUGAGAAGCAGACCGGGACUGGAGGAGAUCCAGACACAGCGUGAGAGAGAAAUCGUGUUUACUGCCCAUCCUCUACAGUGUAGUGCUGGUCUGAGUCUUCUGUUCAUAAACAUUCCCAAGUUCUCUUCGCUGCCAUUAUUCCCAGUAAACAGAGGAGCGUGAGGGAGUGUGAGGUCCCGCAGUGUCCCGCAGUGUCCCAGCACGGGAGGGGGACAGGGUCGCACAGGGCAAAGAUGGCUUUUGUAUGUUGUCAGUUUUAUUUGCAUAUCCACUUUAGUAAACUAAAUGUACAUGUGUUGUCCCAAUAAAGAAAUAAGAACUCAU